AUGGUCCGGCUGCGCGUGUCCAGCACCACGGUGGCCAUGCUCCUGGUGGCGCAGACCGGCUUCCUGCUCUUCCUCUACUCCCGCCAGGGCCGCUCGCCGCCGCCGUCGCCUGAGGAGCCGGGGGGCCGCGUGCACGUGCUGAUCCUGUCCUCGUGGCGCUCGGGCUCCUCCUUCGUGGGGCAGCUGUUCAGCCAGCACCCGGACGUCUUCUACCUGAUGGAGCCCGCCUGGCACGUGUGGGUGGCCCUGGCCCAGGGCAGGGCCGCCGCGCUCCACAUGGCCGUGCGCGACCUGGUGCGCUCCGUCUUCCUCUGCGACAUGGACGUCUUCGACGCCUACCUGCCCUGGCGCCGGAACCUCUCGGACCUCUUCCAGUGGGCGACGAGCCGGGCCCUGUGCUCCCCUCCGGCCUGCGACGCCUUCCGGCGGGACGCCAUCUCCGGCGAGGCCGCCUGCAAGACGCUGUGCGGCAAAGCUCCCUUCGGGGUGGUGGCGGAGGCCUGCCGCUCCUACAGCCACGUGGCGGUCAAGGAGGUGCGCUUCUUCAACCUGCGGGUCCUCUACCCGCUGCUGACCGACCCCUCCCUCGACCUGCGCGUCGUCCACCUGGUGCGCGACCCCCGGGCCGUGCUCAAGUCGCGGGAGCAGUCGGCCAAGGCCCUGGCCCGGGACAACGGCAUCGUCCUGGGCACCAACGGGACGCGGGUGGAGCUGGACCCGGGGCUUCGGGUGGUGCAGGAGGUCUGCCGCAGCCACGUGCGCAUCGUCGAGGCGGCCACCGUCAAGCCCCCGCCCUUCCUCCGGGACCGCUACCGGCUGGUGCGGUUUGAGGACCUGGCGCGCGACCCGCUGGCCGAGAUCCGGGGCAUGUAUGACUUCGCCGGCCUCCGCCUCACGCCCCGGCUCGGCUCCUGGAUCUACAACAUCACCCACGGUCCGGGCCCCGGCCGGCGCGGGGAGGCUUUUAAGAUCACCUCCCGGGACGCCCUCAACGUCUCCCAGGCCUGGCGCCAGGCUCUGCCCUUCCCCAAGAUCCGCCGGGUGCAGGAACUGUGCGCCGGGGCCCUGCGGGUGCUGGGCUACCGCUCCGUGGACUCGGAGCAGGAGCAGAGGGACCUCACCCUGGACCUGCUGCUCCCCCGGGGCAGGAGCCAGUUCAGCUGGGCUUCAUCCAUGUCCUUUUUCUCCCGGGAGAAGUAGCACCCGGGGGCCUUCUCGGAGGAGGCUCCCGCGGGAUUGGGAACUCAAAUUCCCAUCCAAUUUCCCCCCCUCUCCCCCCGGACGCUUGGUGAUGCCGGCUGCUAGCAGGCGCUCCCUCCCCGGCUCCCAGACCGGCUGAGGCCGGAAACGGAAUCCCAUGAGAGUGAUAUUUAUUUUCCAAAUGAAUGGCCUUUUCGAGUUCCCCAGUCCUGCUGUUUUUGUUUAUUUUUUUCCCCACUUUCGACCCCGAUUUUGCUCCGGCCCUUUGGCUCCUUUUCGGUUCUUCCUAGUCCUUCAGCCUUUGGGUAGGGGACUGGGGUGGGGGGCUUCUCCUGGGCUGGCUUCUGACCAGUGAAGCCCAGUAAGAAAGUGUGCCCCAAGAACUCCAGUCUGGAAUGCUGGCUGGUGGCCGAAUGUGGGCCGCCGUCCCAUUGGGAGCCUAGAAGAAGACGAACCGAAACUGGCACCUUAUAGAUUCUCCAGCCUUUCUCCUCCCAUAGCCCUAGGAGCAUCUCGAGGGGGUUUUGGAAGCCAAUAUGAAUUCUUUAGUCUCCUCUAGCCGCAUCUGUACCCCAUCCCCAUCGCCGUUCACAUCGUAGACCCUCGACCUAUGCGCAGUCCAUAAAAAAACACAUUUAUUUUUCUUUCCCCUCUAGCCACAGUUGCAAAACUCAUGCCUCUAAGUAUUUAGGGCACUUCCGAUGGGUGGUUGUGGGUAAACGUGGGAGUUCAGCAAGGCGAUUGUGUCCUCCCGGCUCAUCGGGGUGAGCACUAUGAGUGGCAGAGAGACGGGGGACCGAGGGACAUCUCUCGGACAGAGAUCAGCAGGAUAAUCCACCAUAACCAGCCGGUGUGCAGGACUGGCAGUGAGUUAAAUCCUAACGAGACCUUACCCGCGUAUGCAAUCGUGCCUGCUCAGUGGAUAAAGAAGUGGAUAAAAUGAGAGAAGCGGCGUAAGUAAGCGCUUAACAAAUGCCAUUAUUAUUAUUAUAAAGAAGGCGAAUCAUUCCCGUAGCAGUGGAUUUUUUCCAUCAGGGUUAAAGGACGUUCUGUGUGUUAAAGUGAUAAAGUAGAGAGGGAUAGAGAUGAACACGGGGGUUCUGGUUGGUGUUUGAACUUUAUAGGGUGCCCUUUUUCCCGGGAGCAAGUCCACCUCAGCAGUAUCUUCAAGCAACGCUGCCCUGGGGUAAGCACUGAGCUCAUUGCACCGGAUUACCCUGCGGAUCGGUUGUUCAUGGAAGUACGUUUUCUUCUACUGGGGCCUCUGGUGCGUUUGUGGUGUGCUUCGCUACGUUGCUGAGACCACAUUAAUCCACACUGAAUGUGGAUUCAAACCACAUUAACCACUCCAUGUAGGUCAAGGGACGUUUGAGAAGAAAGCCCCAAAACGAUGUCACAGCCGGAAGAGAAAGUGGAGUUAAGAUGGACCCCCUCUGGCUGCCUGCUCUUACCUCACAGGGUGCUCUUCUCCUCUUCCUCAGCUGAAACUCCCCCAUCUUGUGCAUCCGUGAGGGAGAGACUGGCCCAUGGACAUCACAGAAUUUACUUCACUUUGAGAGUAGUGGUGAUUGAAGACACACAAAAAUGACACCAGCAUCAGUCACGCAUGAUAAAUCGAAGCACAUUGGUGAGUCACCUAGAAACUUUUCUGGGGUUAUUGAUGCAUCAUUUGGUGGCCACACCUUUUUAAUAGAAGACUGAUAUUAAAAAAACUAGCAGAAACUUGUAAAAUGCUCACAAUAUUUUAAAAUACA